UGACUCCUCUUGUUCCAGAGCAAGCCCUCCUUGCAAGACUGGUCGUGUUCAUGUGCAUCCACGACGAGCCAAUCUCGGGUUUGGUCUGUUUGUGCACACUAGUUAACGCACACGGUUUACGCAAUCUAUCUAUCAAUUUACCGCGCAACGAUUUCUGAGGAACUACAAUUUCCAGGCAGAGACGUCUGAGGAUCAAGAGCUCGCGGCAACAGCGAUCAUGGAUCAUGAUUGAAGUUCCGUGAAAGCUUGUCUCUGAAAUCAUGGGUCAAGAGGGGCAGUCUUCUGUGCACUAUGAGAAACGCUAAUAUUGGAAUGAGCAGAAUCAGCUCAGACUGAUCUCAUUGGAGGGCAAAGUGCAUGGACACGGCCUUUGUUGGCCGGGUCCGCUGCUACCUGACAAUCAAUACAUCCAAUUCGACCCGCGUCGUCACCUGUUGCUGCAAAAUCCAAAAUGAAGACAGCAGGUCGAUCCAAAUUUGAAGAAUGCUGUAUCAACUUUGUUCUGAGGAGUCGAAUUCAUUUGGAUCAUUUCCGACAAUUUUAUGAACAGGUAACUUGGGGAUGGAUUUGUUGCUCGGUCCUCGAUCCAGGUUUAGUUGCCCUUCAUAUGGAAAAGGUUUCUCGAAGCAUCCAGCUGUUCAGACAUCAAAUCCAGCGUGCAGACAGUCCGAUCGACAAGCUUCCUCCACACUUCUUUCAAGCUCCCCAUGAGAGAAAGUGGCAAAGUCCGGGAGUAUAAGAUCCGGCUCGUGGAGAGCACAAAGCAGAAACGAAGUCUUGGUCGAGCUCGUCGGGUGCAAAUCAUCGAAGCAUCCGAUUCAGCUUUGAACAACUGAAAAUUUGAACGCUGUAUUGCAAGAGGAUCGAUUCCAAGCGACAGGAACGACAUUAAACCAUACAUUCUUCAAAUAUGGCUUCAGCUGAUUUGAGAUGCAAGCUUAUAUUGUCUGCAAUUCUCCUCAUGGCCGCUGUAGCCUCUGGGGCUAAACUCUCAAAAAACCAUUACUUCAGAACUUGCCCAAGAUUGGAGAGGGUCGUCCGUAACAAGGUUAAUGAGAUAGUCGACGCGGAUUCGGGGAUGGCUCCAGGCUUGCUUCGGAUGCAUUUCCAUGACUGCUUCGUCAGGGGUUGUGAUGCAUCAGUGCUCCUGGAUUCACCGACCAACACGGGAGAGAAAGAUGCACUACCAAACGCUGGCUCUCUUAGAGGAUUUGCCGAAAUUGACGCAAUCAAGGCAGAAGUUGAAAGCAUCUGCCCUGGCGUAGUUUCAUGUGCGGAUAUCCUGGCUUUGGCGGCCCGUGAUGCUGUAGUGAAGGUCGGAGGAAGAUAUUGGUCUGUACCUCUUGGGCGGAAGGAUGGCUUUGUAUCUUCUAUGGCUGAAGCCAACACCGUUCUGCCCUCUCCAUUCAUGACCUUCCCCCAGCUUGUACUGAACUUCGCUGCUGUUGGACUCAACGUCAUGGAUCUGGUCAUUCUUUCAGGUGGACACACUAUCGGCCAAGCUCAUUGCGCUGUGGUGAAUCCUCGUUUGUACAACUUCAACGGUGUGCCUGGAGCUACAGAUCCAUUAUUGGAUCCCUCUUUUGCCAAUUUGCUCCGAACCAUGUGCCCUUCAGACCAGCCCUUGACCAUUGUAGGACAAAUGGAUGCCACCAACAGCACAUUCGAUACCAAUUACUUCAGAGCCGUGAACAAUCGUAGAGGUCUCUUCUUAUCAGACUCUACCCUCCUCAGCAACCCUGUCGCUCGUAGGAUUGUGAACAGAGCAGCAAGGUCCCCCCGCAGUUUCUUCAGCGACUUCGGAAGGUCGAUGGUAAAAAUGGGCAAUAUUAAUGUUCUGACUGGAUCUCAAGGAGAGAUAAGGCAAGUGUGUUCCGCUGUCAACACAAAUGCGUGAUUUAUCAGAUUUGGAGGGGCUAAUGUGUACGUCCCGAUAGAUGCAGGAUUGCUGAGAUUCACAUUUGCGGAUGGCAUCAAUUAAGUGAUGUAUCCAAGCCCUGUCGAGUAGGCGUUAAGACUAUUUACUACACAUGAGCUUACAUGUGAACUUUACGUAGAACUAGGACUAGGAUAGCUGUACCAGCAUUGUGAUUUAUUUACAUUCUUUAUCUCAGGUUUCUUUUGAUUCCAAUAAAACAUAUCCGACCAAAUGAAGCUGUUGGAGAAUCUCCUUACACCAUU